AUUCCACCCCCUGCUCGCCCCCGAUAUAAACCCGCACGGCCUCCAUUUCGCCGAAUCCUCCGAUCCAAGGGUUUCGUCGCGCCGCCUCCGCCUCCGCCGCCGCCGCCGACGCCGCAGCCAUGCCGUCGCACAAGACCUUCCGGAUCAAGAAGAAGCUGGCCAAGAAGAUGCGCCAGAACCGACCCAUUCCCUACUGGAUCCGCAUGCGCACCGACAACACCAUCAGGUACAACGCGAAGCGCAGGCACUGGCGCCGCACCAAGCUCGGGUUCUGAGCGAGGGAUGAGGUGCAGGGCGACGAUGCUUGGGGAGGCUAGGGUUUUACGAGUUGCGUGAUGCUUCCAUGUCCCCGCAAGCUAGGAAGUGAUUCGGGGAUGCUCUUGUUAAGAUUUUGCUUGUGUUAAAGGGAUUAUCAAGUUGUGCUUGUAGCGUACUGAGGAUAUUAUGUUUUGCUGAUCACUGAAGAACCAGCUUUUGUUCUGCUGAA